AUGUCUGCACAAGAUCGUGUCCAGCACUAUGUCGCUCAGCUCGACCGCGAGCUCUCUAAAUAUCCCGCCCUCAACAAUAUUGAGAAGCAGACUUCGGUUCCCAAGGUUUAUGCCGUCAUUGGUGUAGCUACUCUCUACUUCUUCUUUAUCGUCUUUAACCUUGGUGGUCAACUCUUGACCAACUUCGCCGGCUUCGUGAUCCCCGGAUACUAUUCCCUAGCUGCUUUAUUCAGUAGUGCUAAGGCAGACGAUACUCAAUGGUUGACAUACUGGGUCGUCUUCGCCUUCUUCUCCGUCCUUGAGAGCGCCUUAAGUGUUGUCUACUGGUUCCCCUUCUACUAUACCUUCAAGUUUAUCUUCCUGCUUUGGCUCUCGCUACCCGUGUUCAACGGCUCUCAAUUCAUCUUCCGAUCUUUCCUCCAGCCAGCGCUUGGACGAUACUUCAACGAUUCCGGCUCAACUGCUGCCGGCCUGCGCGCCAAGGCCGACUCUUUUGGCAAGGACCAGUAA